AUGUUUGUUAUUUUAGUCUUCAAAAGGCUACAGUUAGACGCGAUAACAAUGAAACUAAUCCUCGCACUGUGUACUCUGGUCAUCGUGCAGGCUGGUGUUAUAAAGGAAGACGGUCCUUGCGACGGUACCAUAAUCAAUGGUAUCUACCACGAAGCUGAAGUCCUGAAAACAGAUCUGGAUAGACCAUACUUACUAGCCGUAGAUCUCAGUACUAACACACUAUACUUCAGCUAUAGUGAAUCGAAAGACGACGAUGUCUUCAAAUCUGCAAGAUUAGAUCUUAAUACAAAGCAAUAUGGUACUAUAGACGAUGUCACCAAUGGUUUCGCUCAAACAGUGGACCAGAAAACUCAUGAGGUCUAUAUAGGAGGAAAUGAUGGUAUUUACAAAUAUGAUCCAGCUUCGAAUAAGGCUGAGUUUAUUGCUGAAAGAGGAACAAAUAUUUGGACACUUUACUACAAAGAUGUGUUGUAUUUCUCAGUAUUUCCAUCGCAGUUUUUGUACACACUCUCAAAUGGUGAAUCAUCUAGAUUUUCAGAUUUGCAAGACACAAAAGUAGAUCAUUUUAUAAUUGAUAACGAUAAUAUCAUGUUCUUUACUAACGCAACAGGAUUGUACAGUCAAGAGAAAGGUACAAAUAAUGCCAUUUUAUAUGAAGGGUUGCCAGAGAAUGGAGCUAGAGGUAUAACAACAGAUGUAGACGGCAAUGUUCAUGUUUGUUAUCAGGAAGGCAUAUUUAAAGUGAACAAAGAAACAUCCAGCUUAGAGAAACUUGUGGGUUUGGAUGAUUCAUUCGGAGUGGCGUUUGACAGUGACAAUAACAUUAUAUAUGCGGACGCAACGAGAGUGGUGCGACUGAAACCUAACAAAAAUAAAACUUGUUAA